AUGACUGACUGCAAGCUUGUUAACAUGCAUAUGGCCAUCAUGUUUGCACCAUCUUCUAUAGGGGGUGCACUGCUCUCUGAUCCCACCAAGUAUCGCUCCAUUGUAGGUGCCCUCCAAUACAUCACCCUCACCAGGCCUGAUGUUGCUUUCUUUGUGAACUGUUCCUUUGAUCAUGGGUUGUUCAUCUCCAAAUCCAGUUCUCUUCAAUUGCAGGCUUUCUUUGACGUUGAUUGGGCUAGUGCCAAUGAAGAUCAUAAGUCCACAAGCGGUUAUACCAUCUAUAUGGGACCUAACCUAACUUUAUGGGCCUCUAAAAAGCAGAAAACAAUUGCACACUCCUCCAUUGAAUCUGAGUAUAAAGUCGUUGCUGGUGCUUGUGCAGAGCUCACUUGGCUUGACUCUCUAUUUGGCAAAUUACGGAUUCCUGUUCCCACUGUGCCAAUUCUCUAG